AUGCGAAUAGUACAACUGAUAUUGUCACUUCUUUUAUUAUCCGUUGCGGAAGGACAGUUUUUUGGUGGUUGUGGAAUCGGUAUGCUUGGAUGUGGCGGUUACGGUUACGGUUAUGGUUAUGGUUAUGGAAAUUACGGUGCGAUUGGUGGUUACAGUGGGAUUGGUGAUUACGGUGGUGUUGGUGGCUACGGUGGGAUUGGCGGUUACGGUGGGAUUGGUGGUUACGGUUUAUAUAGCACUGGCUUGAGUGGUUUUCGUAUGGGUUGUUGCGGGUUUGGCGGCUUUUAUGGAUGA